AUGUCCGCAGACUUCUGGGCCGGCUACAUUUCCGGUGCAGCAGGCAUCAUCAUCGGUAACCCACUGGACCUCAUAAAGACGCGUCUGCAGGCAGGAAAUGCACCAGCACCACAUGUAGUAGAAGCUACACCGACGACAACAAUAACAGCAGCAGCAGCGGUACAACCACAACUCCAAACCCUGCAAGGUUUCAAAGCGCAAUUCGAAAAUGCCGGAACACUAGUUAGAGGCGCCACAGCCCCUAUCCUCACCUACGGCGCCCUCAACGGUCUCUUAUUCGUAACCUACAACCGCACCUUAACCCUCCUACACGACACCCCAGCCUCCCCGCAAAGCCUCUCCAACGUCUUUCUCGCAGGCGUAACAGGCGGUCUCGCAUCCUUCGUCGUCAGCGCCCCUACCGAGCUGAUCAAGUGCAGAGCCCAGGUUUCUACGAGCCAGACAACGACGUCGUGGAGUGUGGCGAGGGAUGUGUGGAGGGCUGAGGGGGUACGGGGGUUGUAUUAUGGAGGUGCGAUUACGAGUGUGAGGGAUGCGGUGGGUUAUGGGCUUUACUUCUGGUCGUAUGAAAUGUCCAAACAGGCCUGGAGUUCGCCGGAUGAUUCGGAUCAGGAAACGGCGAUGAAGGUACUCAUGUGUGGUGGGUUGGCGGGUGUCGUUAGCUGGACGUCCAUUUUUCCCUUGGAUAUGAUCAAGACGAGAGUACAGACCCAGGUACUACAUCCACCGGCAACAGAUGGAGAACGAAGUGGGCUCCUGCAACCGGAAACCCAGAAGAAGCGAAUGAGCUCAAUUGAAAUUGCCAGGCAAGCAUACCGGACAGAGGGCGCAGGCGUCUUCGUCCGUGGCCUGGGCAUAUGCAGUGUACGCGCUUUCAUUGUCAAUGCUGUACAAUGGGCCGCGUAUGAGUGGAUGAUGAAGUUGUUGCAAUAG